AUGACUGCUGACCAGUUUUUAGUAGAAAUGACCACGUUAAAGCAGUUUAUUAAGUCAGUUCGAGCAUCAAAAACAGCUGCUGAUGAACGGGCAAUUAUUCAGAAAGAAUCUGCAGCGAUUCGUGCGUCUUUUCGUGAAGAAUCUAACAAUCAUUAUCAUCGUCGAAAUAAUCUGUCAAAAUUGCUUUAUCUGUAUAUACUUGGAGAAUGUACUCAUUUUGGGCAAAUUGAAUGUCUUAGAUUAUUAGCAAGCCCAAAAUUUGCAGACAAACGUCUCGGAUAUCUUGGAGCAAUGCUUUUGUUAGAUGAAAACCAAGAAGUGUUGAUGCUGGUGACAAAUUCUCUUAAGAAUGAUCUGAAUCAUCCCAAUCCAUAUAUUGUUGGAAUGGCACUUUGUACAUUAGGAAAUAUUUCAUCACCGGAGACUGCACGAGAUUUGUUUUCAGAAAUUGAAAAAUUAAUGAAUUCUACGAAUUCAUAUAUUCGUAAAAAAGCAGCAUUAUGUGCUAUGAAAAUUAUACGAAAAGUUCCUGAUUUGCAAGAAAAUUUUAUAGAGCGUUCGAAAUCUCUUUUGAAUGAUAAAAAUCAUGGUGUUUUGUUGUGUACAUUAACCCUUAUUAUUGAUAUGUGUACUCGUAAUCCAAAUAUUAUAAAAUAUUAUCGCCCGCUUACUCCUCAUAUUUUGAGGUAUUUGAAAUUACUCAUCAGCUCUGGAUUUUCCAUUGAACAUGAUGUUUCGGGAAUUGCUGAUCCAUUUUUGCAAAUAAAAUUUUUAAGGCUGUUAAGGGUUUUAGGACAUGGGGAUACAGGAAUUACUGAACAAAUAAGUGAUGUAUUAACACAAAUUGCUACUAAUACUGAGUCUUCAAAAAACGUUGGUAAUUCUAUUUUAUAUGAAACAGUUCUUACUAUUUUGGGAAUUGAGGCAAAUAAAGGUUUACGGGUUCUUGGUGUUAAUAUUCUUGGUAAAUUUUUAUCAGAUAACGAUAAUAAUAUAAGGAAAGUUAUUUCUAUAGAACCAGCUGCUGUACAAAGACAUAGAAACACAGUGUUAAAAUGUCUUCGUGAUCCUGAUAUAUCAAUACGUAGAAGAGCUUUAGAUUUAUCUUUUGCAUUAAUUAACGAAAGCAAUGUUCGAGUAUUAGUGAGAGAGAUACUAGUGUUUUUAGAAACUUCUGAUAAUGAAUUUAAAUUAAAUAUAACAACCCAAAUAUCUAUUGCAGCUAAUAAUUUUGCACCAAAUAAAAGGUGGCAUAUUGAUACUAUGCUCAGAAGCUUAAAACUGGCAGGAAAUUAUAUUAAAGAACAAGUAUUUUCUAAUUUUAUUCAACUUGUUAUUACCACUCCAGAACUUCAAGCAUAUACUAUUCGAAAACUAUUUUUUGCUUUAAAAAAAGAUAUAACACAAGAAGCUCUUACACUUUCUGGAGUAUGGAUGAUAGGAGAGUAUGGCAAACUUCUAUUGCAACCAUAUCAGUCAUCUGAAGAAAAAAUUAAUGGAGAUAUUAAAGAAUCUGACAUUAUCGAGCUUCUGGAAAAUAUUUUCAAUUCAACAUAUUGUACUAAAACGGUUAUGGAGUAUCUUUCAACUGCUUUAAUAAAACUUACAGUUCGUAUUAAGGAUCAAUUCCAAAUUGAAAAAAUUUAUGAUUUAUUAACUAGACAUUCAACAGCUUUAGACAUAGAAAUACAACAAAGAUGUAUAGAAUAUGAAAGGCUUUUUCAUUUUGAUGAGAUUCGUAAAGGAGUUUUAGAAAAAAUGCCAGUGCCUGCACUCAAAAAUGCUAAAAUGUUUGAUUUUUCUAUAGAAAAAUCUGAAAAUAUGGAAAAGGAUAAUAAAGAUCCUUUACUUGAUUUUCUUGAGGCUGAUUUUUUUUCGAAAAAAGAUACAAAUGAUGUAAAUAACAAUAAAAGCGCAGUUUUAGAUAUUUUUAAUGCAUUGAAUAUCCAAGAAUUCACAGCUCAUGAGACGAAAAAAGACGAUUCUCAUUUUCAAUUAUUUCAAAAUUCUAUUUUGUCUACUGAAAAUUCCAAUUCAUCUGCAUAUAAAUUUAAUAAUAAGGUUGAGAAUGAUGUUUAUAGUGUAUAUGAAAAAAAUGGACUUAAAUUUACCUUACAAAUCGAUUCAUUGGAUAUUUCAGAAACUUCUACAAUAAUUAUUAUUAAUAGGUUCAAAAAUAUUGGUUCUUCUCGUAUCUCAGGAAUCAGUUUACAAGCAGCAGUAAUAAAAUCCCAAAAAUUAGAUAUGUAUCCUUUGUCAGGAACAUUCGUAGAUCCCGGUGAAGAGCUUAUACAAAAAAUGAAAAUAACUGCUGCAAAAGAAUCUUUAUUGCGACUUCGUUUUAAAAUUUCAUAUAACUGCUACGGAUUAAAUGAUGUUAUCGAACAAAUUGAUUUUAAUCAAUUCCCUCGUGAUUUACUCUUUUAA